AUGGACUCUCUGGACUCCUCCAUCCAGUCCGCGCUCUCGUCUCUGUUUCCGCCGUUCGACCUGACGGCGCCAGUCGUCCUGAGUCAGUUGUUCAAAACCAUUGAGGAGCGUUACCAUGGAGACGCUCUUCACUGCCUGCUUGACUUCCUCAUCCCGGCAAAGCAUGUGCUGGAGAGCGUGCAGCAGGCCGCCUGCGCCGGGUUCUGUGACGUGGUGUUCCGCUGUGAGGGCUGGCCUCUGUGUCUCCACGAUCAGACUGUUGUCCAACUGGCUCCAGUGAAUCCUCUGCUGCUGCGGCCUGGAGACUUCUACCUGCAGGUGGCACCGUUUGGAGACCAGGCCGCUCGCAUCGUUCUGAAGAGCCUUCUGGAAGACGGGUGCAGAGAGGUGGAAGAAACCCCAAUCCCUGAGACCUCCUACCCCAUGAUCUUCACCCUGGAGUGGCUACAAGAGCUGAACGAGGGCCGCCACGGAGCUCCCCUUUCGCGCUGCCUGCUUUGCACGGAUCAGGGCGUCGUCAAACUUCCCUGGGACAAAAUUGCGGUUCCUGAGUUCCUGGACAAACCAAAACCAGCUCCGACACCGCCUCCCGUUUGCCCGGAUCCAGAACCCAAACGCUUUGCACAACAUGCGAAAUUUAGUUCGUCGACUUUGCCACUGGAAAUGCACCACAACGCGAAAUACAGGAUGUCUGCCUCGCUCAGACACCCGCACUAUUCAUCGCGCGUCAUCAAACCAGAUAAGAAAGCGAAAGCGCAACCAAAGCCGGUCGGAUGGGUGUCUCCGAACACGUGGGACAGACCGACAGAAAAAGGGAUCGAAGGCGACUACGUGGACUUGGUUGAGAUCGCGAAAGAGCGGGAACGCCUUGAUAAGAAAGAUAGAAAGGUGCAUCCAGGGUUGAUCAAAGCAUUCCGACCUCCUCAGCCUAAACUCGGAACACAGUGUCUUACAGCGACACUGCAGUAUUCCGAAAGCCCGUUCGCGCAGUGUGGAGUUUCUGAUGAAGACCUCAAAAAUAGGUACAGGGAGUCUUAUGUGGCAGCGUUGACCAAUCCAGUUGCAUUAGAAAAAGGUAACCUGGACAUGCUCUCGUCUUUGGAUGAACUUAAAUAUUUGGACGAAAUGGAAAAACUGUCCAUUGCGAGGUCAGAUUUUUCAGCAGGUCUCGGAACGUCUUUCGAGCUCAGCAAACCGGACGUUCGCAAUCAAGAACUUUGCCAAUUUAAGGCGUUUUGCGAACCUGCAACUGUGAAAUACGCAAGCCAUCUUAAAGACCUAAAGAAAGCCUCUGAAAACGUGGCCUCACUUUGCACAAAUGACGCCGCAAUGAAGGAGGAUUUUGAUCUGGAUUCGAGCAUGGCUUUACCGGAUGUUCCUUCUGCUUCUGACGGUGAAAUCCUGGGGACUUCCGAAAUGAGGUCGGUGUCCGUGGUGUCGGAGAACGAUAUAGGAACUCUGCCUGUCCACAACAGAAGUGGCAGCGACAUUGGCCUUGAAGUCACAGAAGAGGUUAAAAGUUUUGGACAGAAGGAGACAGAAGCGUGGGAGGAGACGAAACCCGGACCAGGGACAGAGGAGCCGAGGAAUUCCCCCGAAACUGAGUUGGUCCCCAGUGCCCCGGAACCUCCUGAAGCUGUGUGCACUCAGCCCUCUGCUCCACCACAAGAGGGCGCUGUCACCUCUGCCCCUGCACUGCUCGAGCUGGGCCUCAUCUGUCUCACAGGUGGCAGGGACAGAGCGGGCCGUGCAGUGGUGGAGGUCCAUGGAGACAGAGGAGAGUGGAGUCUUCCUCUGGUUUCUGCAGACACCAUCUGUGACCUCCUGCUCUACCUGCACUCCUUACCCAGGAGGGAAGUGUCAGACCUGGGUUUGACUGUGGUCAUAAACUCCAGGAAGAAACCGCCUCCUCCUCAGUUCUUCCAGGCUUUGCUCAUGGCGCAGGAGCAGACGCUGCACACCGUCCACUGCAUCGUCCUGUUUGUGGAGAAAGACUCGAGUCCUCGCCACGAGAAGCUCUCCGGUCUGCAGAUGGACCUGGUGUCGUCUCUGAAGUCACUAAACAAAACGGUGGAGAGCAGUGAGCUGAGUGUGGAGCUUGGAGGAACGUGUGUGUACAGCCACCAGCACUGGCUCCAUCUGCACCAGAGAAUGGUUUCGUUCAUGUCAGAUCUGAAAGAAGCAGACGAUUUGCUGCAAAGAGCGAUUCAGACAGUAGAGGGUGCUAGAAGGCUGGACACAGCUCAGGAGGUGGCGCUAUGUGUGCAGGAACAGCGUGCUUUGAUGCUGGAUGUGCUCAGGGACCCAGGGCUCAUGUCUCUGCAGAGAGAGGGAGGAUCUGUCCUGGCUCGAAUCCGUAAAGACCAGCCCCGCUUCAAGCACUCACAUGACUACAGAGACUGGCUGGAGACGUCUACGCGGCUCUACAACUCUGUGGAGGAGAAGCUCCACUCUCUGGUGAUGAAGUCCAACCGCAGUCUGCAACAUCUGGACUCACUGCUGCAGCUGCGACAGGCCGACAACUGCGUGUCUGAGAUUGGCGGUUGGCUGAGUUCGGAGGCAGAGGACGUCCUAAAAGAGUCGUGGCCUUUAGAAGAAACACUGUCUGCAGCUGAAGAAGCACUACAGCACUUUACUGACUUCAUUCACCAGGCCAGACAGAAGCAAGAUGAGUCUUCCAAACUGAUGAAGAGCGCAGUGAAAGUCCUCCAAAGCACAGCGGAACCCAGUCCUGCCACAGAAGUACUGCAAACGCUGGUCAGUACUUUCCAGUCCAACAUGGCCGACUUCAUGGUGCGAGCGGAGAGGCGCCACAGAGACCUACAGACCCUCGUGCAGGUUUACUCCUUCUGUGAACAGGCUUCUUCUUUUGCCGAUAGCUGCAGCUGUGUCCUGUCGCAGCUGGACCCCACCUGCCCCUCGUCACAACUGCACAUGUACCAGGCCAAACUAGGCACCGAAUUCUGCACCUCACGCUUCCAAUCCAUCAAAUCUCUCAUUCCUUCCCUGACACCGGGAGCAGCCCGCGUCUGGAACGCUGCCUGGGAACGCCGCCAAAGACUGCAACAAUUCCUUGAUGAAUUACGAAAGCAGUGCACUGAUAGCAGUGCAGAGAAUGAGGGGAGCGGGCAAAGCAGUCAAGAAAUCAAGUCUUCGCCCAGGGAGGAGAGCCAGAAGUCGGGGAGGAAACUGUCCCUGCCCUGUCAUGGGACGGAUGAUUCUGGACGUGUUGGUGGUGGGGAAGGAGGAGGUCCCAGGGGUCCAGAGAGGCACCCACUGCUGAAGAAUGGAAGCAAUGUGCAGCGUCUGGGCUGCAUCUUGGCGGAGCUCUUGAGCACGGAGCGGGAGUAUGUGCGUGCGCUCGGCCUGGUCAUAGAGCAAUACUGUCCAGAGCUGGACCGGUCCGACGUCCCACAGGGGCUCAGGGGCCAGAAGGGGGCGCUGUUCUCAAACCUGGAGAAAAUACACGACUUCCACAAGCACCUCUUUCUCCCAGAGCUGGAGAGAUGUGUGGACGAGCCGAGCAGAGUGGGCCGCUGCUUCCUCACACAUCGCGACAGCUUCGCCCUGUACGCUCUUUACAGUAAGAACAAACCUGUGUCCGACCGGCUGCUCAUCUCACACGGGAAAACAUUCUUCAAGCAGAAGCAGUACAGCCUGCGCGACCGCAUGGAUCUGUGGUCGUACCUUCUGAAGCCGGUGCAGAGGAUCAGUAAGUACAGCCUGCUGCUCCAGGACGUGCUGCGGGAGUGCGACCAGCAGGGGGCGAAGGAGGAGGUGCGACAGGCUCUGGACGUGGUGCAGCUGCAGCUCAGACACGGGAACAACCUGCUCGCCAUGGACGCCAUUCAGCACUGCGACGUGAACUUGAAGGAGCAGGGGGCGCUGAUCCGACAGGACGAGUUCUUGGUCACGUUCAGAAAGAAGAAGUGUUUCCGUCACGUGUUCCUCUUCCAGGAGCUGAUUCUGUUCAGCAAAACCAGAAAGACCGAAGUCGGCAACGAGACCUAUCAAUACAAACAGUCAUUCAAGACAUGUGACGUUGGCCUGACGCAGAACUCGGGGGACAGCGGCCUGUGUUUUGAGAUCUGGUUCAGAAAGAGGAAACUGCAGGACACGUUCACACUGCAGGCGGAGACCAGGGGACUGAAGGAGGACUGGACCAGAGACCUGGAGAAGAUCCUCUGGGACCAGGCCCUUCACAACAAAGAGGUGCGGAUGCGGGAGAGAGUUUUUCUGGGACUGGGAAACAAACCGUUUAAAGACAUCCAGCCGAGCGACGCAGCCAUCAACUCCAGAGCCGUCAACUGUGGACCCCUCGGGAAAGACUCCAGAGCUGCCUCCCUCUGCUCUUUUAGCUCGGCAGGGUCACGUGACGCACUUCCUGUGAUGCGGCAGAAGUCGAUUGGCUCGUGCAGCAGUAGCUCCUCCUCCUCCUCGUCAGGGCGGGGCUCUCUGUCUCCGCGGCUCUACGUGAGCGCUCCACAAGGGGGCGCUGUGAGGGAUGAGCUAGAGCAGGACGGACAAUACCUGCUUUUGGAGAGCUCGUGGUGCGAGGAGAGCACUGAAGGAGACGACACCUCCUCCCUCUGCUCCUCUGUGAGCACUGUCAAACACCCACAGGCUGAGUCCGAGGGAGAGCGCGUGGGGCGGGGGCCUUCGGAACCUUCAAAAGCAGCAGAGCCUCGGUCACUCUGCACACGGCUCCCACAGCACCUAGAGGACCUUCACAUCACCCACAGGACCCAGAGAACCAUCACACCACCCACAGACACAGACAUGGCUCAAGAGCUGUUGAUCGAGCGCGUGGACCUGGAGUGUGAGUUCAACAACGUGGAUCACCGCACGGACUUGAACGGGAUCGAGCGGCUCAUCGUGAGGCGGGGACAGGCCUUCACCAUCCAGCUCCAUCUUAGACCGGAAAGCACCCGCGAGACCGGAGCCAACAGCCUGACGUGUGUGGCCGAGACUGGCCCUCAGCCAUCGGAGCAGUAUGGCACCAGGGCAGUCUUUGGCCUCUCCCCCAGCCUAGACACGUCUCGCUGGAGUGCUGCUGUGACCUGUCCCCCUGUAGACAUACUCACUCUGUCCCUGUGUGCCGACCCCAACGCUCCCAUCGGCCGCUACACCCUGAGGCUGGGCUCCUCCACAGAGAUCCAGCUCAUCCUGCUCUUCAACCCCUGGUGCUCAGGAGAUGCUGUGUACAUGGAGAGAGAGGAGGAUUUGACUGAGUAUGUUUUGACUCAGGAUGGUCUCAUCUUCAGAGGCAGCAGCUCUUACCCCAUCGCCACCCCCUGGAACUUUGGACAGUUUGAGAGCGGCAUUUUGGACAUGUGUCUUCGGAUCCUCGACAUGAAUCCAAAAUGUCUGGCAAACCCCGGAAAAGAUCAUUCAGGACGGAGGAACCCCAUCUACGUCUCCAGAGUCCUCAGUGCUAUGGUGAACUGUAACGAUGACCGCGGUGUGCUUAAGGGGAAUUGGAACGAUACCUUUGAUGGUGGAGUUAGCCCCAUGUUCUGGAAGGGCAGCCUGGACAUUCUCCGCCGCUGGGAUACGAGUGCUUGUGCUCCGGUCAAGUACGGACAGUGCUGGGUGUUUGCUGCAGUCGCCUGCACUGUGUCCAGAGCGUUGGGGAUCCCCUGUAGAGUGGUGACGAACUUCGCAUCAGCUCACGACAGCAACGCUAACUUACUGAUCGAGCGCUACAUCAACGAGAGCGGGAACUCCAUCUCGGUCGUCAACUCAAGAGGCCGGCGCAUCGGCUCCGAAAUGAUCUGGAACUACCACUGCUGGGUGGAGGGCUGGAUGACUCGACCCGAUCUGAAAAGGGUGGAGUUUAACGGCUGGCAAGCCUUCGACCCGACGCCACAGGAGCUGAGUGACCGGGUGUAUUGCUGCGGGCCGGUGCCGGUGCAAGCCAUAAAGGAGGGCGAGCUCACGUCAAAAUACGACGCCCCCUUUGUGUUCGCGGAGGUUAACGCAGACGUGAUCACCAUCAUGAUGAGAGAGGACGGCAGCCAGAAGGAGGUCACCAACAGGACUGUGGUGGGUCAGAACAUCAGCACCAAGAGAGUCUGCAGCGACGACCGCGAGGAUAUCACACACCAGUACAAGUAUCCAGAGGGCUCAGAGGAGGAGAGGGAGGCGUUUAAGAGGGCUGAACACCAAAACAAACUGAACAAGCAGCCGGAGCAGGGGGGCGGUCUGCAGCUGACCAUCAAAUUAUCUGCAGACAUGAAGAAGGGCUAUGAUUUUGACGUGUUUGCACUUGUCACAAACGGGACGCACUCAGAAAAGUCGUGUCGCCUGGUGUUUGGCUCCUGCGCUGUCAGUUACACCGGAGUCCUGGGAGGAAACUGCGGCUUCAAAGACCUGCUGAAUGUGGAGCUGCCACCAGGGGGAGAGAUGCGGGUCCCGUUGAAGCUGAACUACUCCAAGUACUGCUCUGAGCUGACGGAGGAUAAUCUGAUCCGAUUGGCUGCUCUGCUCAUGGACCACAGCACAGGGCAGGUUUUGAUGACCACCAGGACCAUUGUACUGGAUAAUCCCGAGAUCAAGGUCCGGAUCCUGGGCGAGCCCAAAGAGAAUCGUAAGCUGGCUGCAGAGAUCACUCUGAAGAACCCUCUUCCACAGCGUCUGGAGAACUGCUGCUUCAGCAUCGAGGGAGCCAACCUCACUGGAGGCGGCGUCAUCUGUGAGCGCCUGGGGCACUGUGUGGAGCCGGGACAAGAAGCAAAAGCCAAGAUCUACUUCACGCCGUCGCGGUCUGGACUCAGGAAACUCGUGGUGGAUUUUGACAGCAGCCAACUGUGUCACGUCAAGGGCUACAGAAACGUCAUCAUUGGAAAAUAA